GGAGGGACUGAGAGUGUCUAUUGCUCUUUCAGAACUAUAAUCAGUUUGCUCUUUGCAGUCAACAAAAGAUCUUCAUUUGUCUUCAUUUCAUCUUCAUUUCGACUUGUAGAACUUUUUUUUAUUUCGAAAUAAAACUUUUUCUUCCUCAAUUUUAUUCACUUCUCAUUCGUAUCUACAUACUAAACAUUAAAUCUCAUCUUCUCAUCAUCAAGCAAACAUAAACUUCUCUCUCUCUCAAUUCUUCAAUCAAAUGUAUCCUAAUCUUCAUCUUUAAUUGAGACAUAAUUUAUUUCAUUUGUGAUUUCCCUCGAUCAUCAAUCUCGACAAUAAUCACCAUCGAUCACCAAUUGAGUUUCGUUUCUAUUCCGAAGUCGAAUUGAAGAAGAAGAAAAAAAGUGUUCUAAUUGUUUCUUGAAAUUGUUCUUUUCUCUCUCUCUCUCAUUGAUUAAUUGUGACUUUUUCAAAUGCAUUCGGGUGUUUAUCGACGUAGUUUAUCACCGACAUCAAGUGGAUCUGAUGUUGAAUCAGAUUCUUCUCAGCAUUCAGGGCCUAAUGAUCUCACCACAUCAAAUCGUUCAAAACAAGGGAUAGUGGGAGUUGUAGGAGGAGGAGGAGGUAAUAAUAAUAAUAUUGGUUCUAAUAGUGGUGGUGGUAAUGGUUCAGGUAAUGGUGGUGGUUCUAAUAAUGGUUCAAAUAAUAACCUCGGUUCAUCAACAUUUCCAACUUAUUCAUCAUUUUAUUCACCUACUCAUCAAUCAGCUGGUUCAUUGGGUCAAGGAUCACAUGGAUCAAGUGGAUCUCAUCAUGGAUCAGCUUGUUCACCUUUCAUAGCAACAAAUGAAUGUCGGAUUAUUGAAUAUCGAGGUGCCCGUUUAGCAGCAUUUCUCUCAGCUAAUCGGACACCCUGUGAGUAUUUACUCUGUUUACCUCAAGCAUUUGAACUGUUUCUCAAACAUCUCGUCGGUGGAUUACACACUGUAUACACUAAAUUAAAGAGAUUGGAUAUUGUUCCAAUUGUGUGUAAUGUUGAACAAGUUCGUAUCCUUCGAGGACUUGGUGCUAUUCAACCGGGUGUCAAUCGAUGUAAACUUUUAUCAACCAAAGAUUUUGAUGUACUUUUCAAAGAUUGUACAACUGCAAGUCGACCAGGUCGUCCACCCAAACGAAGUCCAGAAAGUGGAAUGGUCAGUCCGAUUCCAACGGCCAUACCAGCGACCACUCCCCACAGUCAACAAGGUAAUUCAGUGCCCUACCUGGGAUUCCCACCGACGGGUAAGAAGCCAAGAUACGCUGAUGAUGCAGACUACGGAGCUGAAUCUUUAGAGAUUAAACAAAUACCGGCUAAUAAUUCAAACGGGAAUAAAUCAUCGGCUUCAGCAGCCGCAGCGAUGUUGGCAGCUAAUGGUUAUUCUAGCUUUCCUUUCCUCCAGCAUUUCGGUGCUUCAUCAGCAUCAACACCCACCAGUCAACAACAACACCAGCAACAAUUAGUUGCAGCAGCAGGCCUUGGAUUACCUGGUUUACCAACAUCAAGAUUUUCCUCUUCAAGUCCACCCCCUGGUCUUGGAGGAUUAACGAGUUAUCAUGGAACUGGAUCAUCAAAUCAACGAGAUAACAAUUCAAACGGUGAUCUAAAUGGAGAAAUAAAUCCGAUUGCUGCUUAUUUACUGCAAUUAUCCCAACAACAACAGCAGCAACAACAACAACAGCAACAGCAACGUCAACGAGAUCAUCAACAAUCAGGAAAUCAACAAUUAACUCAAAAUCAUAAUCAAUCAAAUAAUAACAACUCAUCAACCUCAUCACAUAACAACAAUAAUAACAAUUCAAGUAACAAUGGUAAUCAUCAUAACAGCAACAACUCAUCAACACCAACACUUACAACUGGAUCAGCACUUAAUUUAAGUUCUCGAAGUGCUAAUGGUUCAGGUAUUACUACAGUUAUCGGUAGUCCAAUCGAUGAUAACGAUAAUAAUAAUAACACAAAUAAUAACAAUAAUAAUAAUACAAGUUCGAGAAAUAGUUCUAAUCGUAGUUCGAGUUAUCAUCAUAACUCAAAGGAAUCACGAAGUGGAUCUCAUGGUUUACUGACCAUAAGUACUGUUAAUAGUAACAGUAUUAAUAAUCAUUCAUCAUCCUCAUCUUCUGGUAAUCAUCAUCAUCGAGACAGCAACAAUUCAUUAAGUAUUAGUACAAUUAACAAUACAACAAUUAGUAAUUCACAUUCAACCAAUAAUAAUAAUAAUCGUUUAUCAUCAUCAUCAUCUCGUCAUCAUCGUAAUAACCAUUUAAAUAACAACAGCAAUUUAAACCUUUCAGGUAGAGGAGGAAGAGGAAGACGAAGUGGUCAUCGUGAUGAAGAUGAAGAUGAAGACGAGGAUGAAGAGGAUGAUGAAUCAACUGAUGAAGAAGAUGAUGAAGAUGAUAUCAAUUCAAAUGCUAGUAAUAGUAAUCAUAGUGAUAAUCCAGUCAGUAGCAGUUUCAAUGGUUUAACAUCAUCAUCAAUACGUGUCAUACCCACCGAUGGGACAAUAUCAACUCCCAAUCACAAUACGUCAUCGGGAUCACCGAUUCCGAUACCAAUUGCAGUGGCCACUCAUUCAACGGUUCCAAUGGGACUUUUAACUGGUGGUGUCAGUGUCGGUGGUGGGUCAACCUCAAUCAUGGCUACAGGAGGUGCAACCCUUUCAUCAUCUUCUGGGUCAACCCACCUUUCAUCAUCUCACCAUCACCACCACCAUAAUAAUAGUAAUAAUAAUAAUAAUAAUAAUAAUCAACAAUCAUCUUCAUCACUACCUCAACCUGAACACUGUCUUGAAACACUUUUACGUAACAUUGAAGGGCUUUUGGCAAUAGCGGCACAUAAUGCAAGGCAACAGCAAAGUCAAUUAAAUCAACAGAAAGCUGAAUUAAAAGCUGAACUUGGAGCUGUAGUUGAACGGGAACGUGAAGCAAAGGAUCAACUUGAAAGACAAUUAAAUGAAGAGUCCAAAAUUAGAUUGUUAUAUCAAAAGCGAUACAAGAAAGAGAAACGAUAUCGUCGCAAGAUUGAAAAUGAUCUUGAACAAUUACAACAACAACAGCAACAAUUAAAUCAACAACAUGAACAACAACAGCAGAAAAAAUCAUCAUCAUCAUCAUCUACCUCUUCAUCGUCUUCACAAUUAUCACCAACCUUACGACACUCAUCAUCUUCCAACAAUCAACAACCAAAUCAACAACAAUCAUCAUCAUCACCGACAACAAAAGCAACAACAACUCUCACAGCAACAAUAACACCACCAUCGUCAACAUCAUCAUCAUUAACAACAACAACAACAGUCCCCACAACAACAAAUCGCUCAUCACCAACAUCAGCUGAUCAUGAGGUCAGUUCCAAACAACAACAACAACAACAUGGGUCAAGAAGGUCAACUUCAAGAUCACCACCAAACUCACCACUAGAACCCGGAAGUAGAAACACAUCACCAAUGAGCCAUCAAGACAUUAAAACCAACGAUUCUUCCGGUGGUGAUUUAUCAGAUAGAGAUUAA